GCAGGCGCAGGCGACGCCGUAGGCGUGGCCAGCGCUGCAGACGCAGCCAGUGCUGCAGAUGCAGCCGGCGCUGCAGACGCAGCGGGCGCUGCAGACGCAGCGGGCGCUGCAGACGGCGGCACGGACGGGAUCGAGCUCGAGUUUUAGGAGGCUACUCUUCCUUCAGCCUUCUCUUCCACCCGCUGGCCAUGGCCGAUCUGGUCUGCAGUGUGGAGGAGCUGAGGAGAGAAGCUGGUGGAUGCGGUGUCGACUAGGCUCGCUAGCCUGCCAGCGCUGCUCUGGAGUGAUUGUCGGAGCUCCGCGCGGAAUGCUCUGGUCGUUGCCUGGCCCCCCUCGUGGCGGCGCCUCCAUCGGCGUCCGACGAGGCACACAGGAGGAAACGGAUGAAGAGCAGAGACCAUUGGCGUACACAAUGUGCGCCGCCCGUUGUUCACGAUUGUUAGGACGGCAGCUCGCGACGAAGGCCUCGGGUACGCCACUGCUUUUUGCCAGGCCGUGGGGCAUGACUGCCCGGCCCGCGCCGCACUUUGGCAUCCUUGUUCGCCUUUCAUCCCAGGGAUCUCCGAUCUCUAUCGGUCCAACUCUGCCUCGAUUCUACCUUCGUCUCACUCUCGCCGCCCGCUCCCUGUAAUGUAAGGCCCUUCGCGCACGGGCUCGCACGGAGAUCCGCCACCGGCCUCGGUGCGCCCAGUGCGCGCGCUCGGGCGCUGGUCUCGGGGCGCUCUGCUGGCCCACGUUUUCCGCCCCAGCAUCGGCGAACACCCGCGUAGAGUUCACGCAGGCACAUAGAAGCACGUGCUUUGAACGAAAGGUGUUCGUUGAGAUCAACUUGUCUUGGGCACAGCCCCCGUGCACGGCCGCAGCUUAAAAUCGGCAUACGCUUGCAGGCGCAGGUCCUGUCACCCCUCGGAGUCUAUGGACUGUGACUGGCUUGUGGGUCCGUACGCGCUGCAAAUCGCCGUCGUGCUUCUAUUAUCGUUCUUCCUUUCCAGCUGC